AUGGGAAAAAGAAUUUUUGGAGGAGACAAACCAAAGAGAACACUGUACAGUAAGAAGUAUGGAGUGGACCUCAUCAGAUACACACAUGCUGCCAACACUGUUGUGUACAGCUCCAACAAAAUAGAUGAUACAAUCCGAUACCUCUCCCUGCAUGACAACAAAUACAUCCGGUAUUUCCCAGGGCAUACAAAAAGAGUGGUUGCUCUUUCAAUGUCUCCAGUGGAUGACACUUUUAUUUCUGGAUCCCUGGAUAAAACUAUUCGACUUUGGGAUCUCCGCUCUCCAAAUUGCCAGGGUUUGAUGCAUCUCCAAGGGAAGCCUGUGUGUUCUUUUGACCCAGAAGGGUUGAUUUUUGCUGCUGGAGUCAAUUCUGAAAUGGUGAAGCUUUACGAUCUCCGUUCUUUUGACAAGGGGCCAUUUGCUACAUUUAAAAUGCAGUAUGAUCGAACAUGUGAAUGGACAGGCCUGAAGUUCAGUAAUGAUGGCAAACUCAUUCUCAUAUCGACUAAUGGAGGGUUCAUUCGACUGAUUGAUGCCUUUAAAGGAGCUGUCCUGCAUACAUUUGGGGGUUAUAACAAUAGUAAGGCUGUCACGCUGGAGGCAUCAUUCACACCAGACUCUCAGUUCAUCAUGAUAGGUUCGGAGGAUGGGAAGAUUCAUGUUUGGAAUGGGGAAAGUGGGAUGAAGGUGGCUGUGCUGGAUGGGAAACACACAGGUCCUAUAACCUGUCUGCAGUUCAAUCCAAAAUUCAUGACCUUUGCUAGUGCAUGUUCCAAUAUGGCCUUCUGGUUGCCAACUAUCGACGACUAAUUCCUAUGCUGCAGCUGCUGUUGGAUGACUUCCAUACUGCUAACAGCAGCACAUCAUUGCAAGCAUAGUAUUGGAAUUGCCUAGGUCUCCUAGACUGUGUUCCUGUUCCUGCGUGUGUUUCCAUAUGUCUUACCUUCAUUUGCUGCAUUCCUUUACGAGGACUCUUCCACUUGGUCUCCUAGUGUGUUCAGAAGCAGCAUACUACAUGUUUUUACCUUCCAGUCCGUGCCCAGCAGGCUUCAGCUGAAGUUGGAACUGACACAGUAUUAUUUCUAAGAGCAAUGAAGUCUGUUUUACUUACAAAAUGUUUGUGGCAUUUUUUAAGCUGUAAUUGUGUGUUUUCCUUCUGUAAGUGCACAAGGCUAUUGAUGUUCCAAGGUGGAACGUGCAGUUCCUUCCCAUAAGUGCAUGUUUUUCACAUCUGGGAUCUCUGGUUUCACUGCAGUCCACAGAUGGAAAGUUACUGCUGUGCCAAAUGUGAACACUGACAGUUUUCAACUUAAACAGCAGGUGCUGGAUUCUCCUGCAGUGGAACAUGUGCCGAAAGAGUGGGUGA